AUGUCUAGAUACGCCGAAGCCCACCAGAACCCCAAGGGACCAGGCGACGCUCGCCCAACGGCCUUCCAAAUCAUCCAAGACGAAGACCUCAUCGGCAAACUCACCGGCAAGAUCAUCCUCAUCACCGGCGCAAACCAAGGCAUCGGCCUCGAAACCGCCCGCGCGCUCUACCAAACCGGCGCCACCAUCUUCCUCGGCGUGCGCAGCCACGAAAAGGGCGAGAAGGCGAUCGCAGACAUCACCGCGUCCACCAAGACCGAAACCUCCGGGUCUCUAAAAAUCGUGGUGAUGUCCCUCGACGACUUUUCCUCAGUCCGCAAAGGCGCGCAGGACUUCCUGUCCAAGAGCAACGGCAAGCUCAACAUCCUCAUCAACAACGCCGGCAUCAUGGCCCAGACAAAGAUCAAAACGGUAGACGGCUUCGAAUCGCAAUUUGCCACAAACCACCUAGGCCACUUCCUCCUCUUCCAGCUCCUCAAAUCCGCCCUCCUCGCGUCCGCGACGCCAGCUUUCUCCUCCCGCGUCGUCGCUGUCUCGUCCAUGGCCCACCGCGCCAGCGACGUCCGCUUCGACGACGUCAAUUUCGACGAAGAGGGGUCGUAUGAGCCGUAUACCUCCUACGGCCAGUCCAAGACGGCCAACAUCUACUUCUCCAACGAGAUUGAGCGGCGCUACGGCACCUCGCGCGGGUUGCACUCUACUUCGCUACACCCGGGAUCCAUCUUCACCGGCAUGGCUGCAUCGCAAAAUGUCGACGUGGAGGCGAUCAAGGCCAACUUGGGAGAGGAGAAGUUCAAUCAGCUCAUGGGCCUGCUCAAGAACCCCGAGCAGGGCGCCGCGACCACCGUCUACGCUGCCGUGAGUAAAGAAUGGGAGAGCAAGGGUGGGAAGUACCUCAAUGACUGUGCCGAGGGUGGUCCCGGGGUCGGGGGGUUCACGCCGGCGACGACGGAUCCCGGGUACGCGCCGUGGGCUUACGACGAAGAGAAGGCUGCGCGGUCGUGGAGGGAGUCGUGCAAGAUGGUUGGAGUCGAAGACGAUGCUUGA